UGCUCCUCGUAUUGGUAACCAUAGUUAGAGGAAACACAUCGAUACUUUUCCUUUUGUUGCACCUCUUCAACGAUGGUACUUAUAAAUGUGAAUGUCUUCUUGCAGCUGCACGACUGUUGUAUCCCCCAGAGGCAAUCAUGAUUAUGUUGUCGUGAAUCAAUUUUUGCAGUUGAUUGACUUUGACUUCCCUUUGAAAAGAUGGGCGCUGCGAGUGAUGACAUUCCCACGGUAGCGGCUUCUAGCUUGAAAAAGCCGGGCUAUGUUAUGAUCAAGGGGCAACCCUGUAAGAUUCUGGAGUUGAAUCAAAAGCCAAAGGCGACUGUGAAAGGGAACGAUAGGUUACACAUAGUAGGCACGCACGUGUUCACGGGGAAGAAGUACGAAGACACGUUAAAUCUUACUGCGGGAACCGGAAGUCAAGUGCAGGUACUUAUUCGUCUAGGGCUACAAUCGAUUUUCCGAGGAUACCUGUAAUCGUGUGUUGGGUACUGCUACUGAGAUUUUUAGAAUGAUUCAGGAAUUGAAAUUAUCUGGAUGAAUAGACUGUAGACACGUCGAAUACUGCGCACAGGUACCGGACGUCACGAAAGAGGAGUUCAGUGUGAUGGACGUAGAUGGCAGCUCUGUCUCUGUCCUCACAGCACAAGGCGAGAUGAAGGAUGAUUUGAACCUGCCCAAAGGCGAGAACGGACUACUCGAUGAGGUGGGGGAGGAAGUGAAGAAGCGUUUUGAAGCAGGAGAAGAGUUCAAAGUUGUUGUAUUGGGAAUACUUGGGCAAGAAAAGAUUAUUGAAGUUGUUGCUGGAGCAUAGAGGAAGUGCGGCUGAGAAAAGAUUAUUGAAGUUGUUGCUGGAGCGUAGAUGAGGAGCUCAGCAGGGAAGAUCAUGUUCAUGAUAAGGCGCUAACAAAAGGUCAACAUACGGUGGUCUACUUUCUGAUUCUGAAGAAAGUGUUACCGGAGCAGCAUGGAUGAAGCACAAGAAGUUGUUGCUGGCGCAGCAUAGAAGCAAGCAUCAUCACGCGGGUCAUGCUGGAGUAAGCUAGAACAAGGAGUCGUGGCAUUUCCUAGGAUGCGCGCAUCAAGGAGGCAAUAACGAAGAUGAAACGUUGUCUAGCUCGUGUGUGGAGACUGCGGGUGCGAGUUGCUAAAGCAGUCUGUGGCGAUGAUGAAUUCACACAAGUAAGUUACCUGGAAGGCAGAAAACUGUGAAUCACGCCAUUCCCUCUAAGUAGGGAAGCAAGUGCGUGGGAAAAAUAUCAUCAGUACGCGGUGCUGCCCUUGCUAGACACUCCUAGCUUUGUGGUCAUCAACGACACUACAACUUCAAUCAAUUUUCCUGGUGACAACUUUUUAGUCUUGUGUCUCCUUACACUUGAUGAUACUGUGACCGUGUGAACACUCGCUUGCGCCCCCUUCUUGUGGUUGUUAUUCCACUGACUCCUUGACUUUGUCCUUCUCCUCCUCCUCAUCCCACCUUCCCCUCAUAUCAUCCCAUAUUGACUACGACCAUUCCUAACAGCUGCUGGUCUCGCUAGAGACCGCGUGGCAUAUAUCUGAAUAUGAAGCAUUUUAAGAAGUCCAAGUCCUCCUCCUCUGGCUCUGGAGCAGGUCUCCGAU